CUAUUCUAGUUGCUUGGAACACUUUAAGUUGAGCCCAAGUUUGGUAAUCAACAAGGUAGUUGGGGCCAGAUGUUAUAUGCUAAGAUGGAGUUUGGACCUGGAAGCUAUCUUUUACUCUUGCUGUUAGCCUUUGGACAUCAUAUUAAUGCAAUUAGUUCAAGAGCUCAGGGCUCGACGGGCAUAAAACCUUAUUUCCCUUCAGUCGGCUUCUUUGAUCAAGGGAAAGACAUCCCUGCUCAGCUUCAGAGUGAUGGUCCUGCUGGGACCGCUUCCUUGGGUUCGCCUGCUAGUCCUGGGAGUGGCUACAAUAAAGUGUCCAAGCACCUGAUCUUCCAGGGGCCAGUGAAUGAUGAUAAUGAAGACUUGCAGUCCAGAAUUGACACCAGCAUACCUUUCCAUGGCUUCACAUUACAAGCCAAGAAACCGAGGUCCCACGCACCUCCGCAGCAGGCUAGCUACCAGGUGCCCCCCAAGCCGCAGCAGCAGGCUAGCUACCAGGUGCCCCCCAAGCCACAGCAGCAGGCUAGCUACCAUGUGCCCCCCAAGCCGCAGCAGCAGGCUAGCUACCAAGUGCCCCACAAGCCGCAGCAAUAUGCUGGCUACCAGCCGCAGCAGCAGGCUAGCUACCAGGCGCCCCCAAAGCCGCAGCAGCAGGCUAGCUACCAGGCGCCCCCAAAGCCGCAGCAGCAGGCUAGCUACCAGGCGCCCCCAAAGCCGCAGCAGCAGCAGGCUAGCUACCAGGCGCCCCCAAAGCCGCAGCAGCAGCAGGCUAGCUACCAGGCGCCCCCAAAGCCGCAGCAGCAGGCUAGCUACCAGGCGCCCCCAAAGCCGCAGCAGCAGGCUAGCUACCAGGCGCCCCCAAAGCAGCAGCAGCAGCAGGCUAGCUACCAGGCGCCCCCAAAGCCGCAGCAGCAGGCUAGCUACCAGGCAGCCCCUCAGCAGACUAGCUACCCGUCACCCCAUCUGUAUCAAGACUACCAGGAGCCCCUCAAGCCCCAGCUCUACAGGGUGCCCCGCAUUCAGCAGGGUUACCAGGGGCCCCCCAAGCAGACUAGUUACCAGGGCCCCCCCAAGCAGACUAGUUACCAGGGCCCCCCCAAGCAGACUAGUUACCAGGGGCCCCCCAAGCAGACUAGUUACCAGGGGCCCCCCAAGCAGACUAGUUACCAGGGGCCCCCCAAGCAGACUAGUUACCAGGGGCCCCCCAAGCAGACUAGUUACCAGGUGCCCCCCAAGCAGACUAGUUACCAGGGGCCCCCCAAGCAGACUGGUUACCAGGCACCCCCAAAGCAGACUAGCUACCAGGUGCCCCCCAAGCCACAGCAGCAGGCUAGCUACCAUGUGCCCCCCAAGCCGCAGCAGCAGGCUAGCUACCAAGUGCCCCACAAGCCGCAGCAAUAUGCUGGCUACCAGCCGCAGCAGCAGGCUAGCUACCAGGCGCCCCCAAAGCCGCAGCAGCAGGCUAGCUACCAGGCGCCCCCAAAGCCGCAGCAGCAGGCUAGCUACCAGGCGCCCCCAAAGCCGCAGCAGCAGGCUAGCUACCAGGCGCCCCCAAAGCCGCAGCAGCAGGCUAGCUACCAGGCGCCCCCAAAGCCGCAGCAGCAGGCUAGCUACCAGGCGCCCCCAAAGCCGCAGCAGCAGGCUAGCUACCAGGCGCCCCCAAAGCCGCAGCAGCAGGCUAGUUACCAGGCGCCCCCCAAGCAGACUGGUUACCAGGCACCCCCAAAGCAGACUAGUUACCUGGCGCCCCCAAAGCAGCAGACUGGUUACCAGGUGCCCCCCAAGCAGACUGGUUACCAGGUGCCCCCCAAGGAGACUGGUUACCAGGUGCCCCCCAAGGAGACUGGUUACCAGGUGCCCCCCAAGGAGACUGGUUACCAGGCGCCCUCCAAGCAGACUAGUUACCAGGCGCCCUCCAAGCAGACUGGUUACCUGGCGCCCCCCAAGGACACUGGUUACCAGGCGCCCCCCAGGCAGCAGACUGGUUACCAGGCGCCCCCCAGGCAGCACACUGGUUACCAGGUGCCCCAAAAGCAGCAGACUGGUUACCAGGCGCCCCCCAGGCAGCAGACUGGUUACCAGGCGCCCCCCAGGCAGCAGACUGGUUACCAGGCGCCCCCCAGGCAGCAGACUGGUUACCAGGCGCCCCCCAAGCAGACUAGUUACCUGGCGCCCCCAAAGCAGCAGACUGGUUCCCAGGUGCCUCCCAAGGAGACUGGUUACCAGGCGCCCCCCAAGGACACUGGUUACCAGGCGCCCCCCAAGGACACUGGUUACCAGGCGCCCCCCAGGCAGCAGACUGGUUACCAGGCGCCCCCCAGUCAGCAGACUGGUUACCAGGUGCCCCCCAGGCAGCAGACUGGUUACCAGGUGCCCCCCAGGCAGCAGACUGGUCACCUGGGGCCCCCCAGGCAGCAGACUGGUCACCUGGGGCCCCCCAGGCAGCAGACUGGUCACCCGGCGCCCCCCAAGCAUCCAGUGUACCAGGUGACCUACAGGAUCCCGCCUGCUCAGAGCCUCUUGAGGGCUCCCAGGGCCAGCACCAUACGGUAUCUCCAUGAAUGACUUCUGCAGUCUGCAGCUUCCCGUCUGAAAAUAAACUGAUUCUUAAAAACUGUUUAGUCAUUGUCUUUGCUUCGGUUAAUAAGAAUUUCAGUGUCUUAACAUCGUUUUCUGUUUGGUAAUGAGGUUACAGGACAAUUGUCCCCUUAACUUGUAUCCUUGUUGGUGGUUCUUACUGCCCUCGCUGGCUGGUUUAAGGCGGAAGGACACUUUCAGAAAAUCUGGAGCAGAAAUGAAGCUCCUCAUCUUCUGAGGCAACCGCUUCCAUUUGCUCGAGAGCGACUGGAUACAUCCCACCUCUAUCAUACUUGUUUGCAGGCUACACUUAAAAUAUCUAAAGGACAUUUUGCUCAUGCUCUGUGUACUUUAAGGAAUGAUGGCUUUCACAUGCCUCACUGGGUCCAAGAUGAGUGCAGUUCCUCCAUUGACCUAGUAUGACGGUUUCAUUACAACCAUUUGGUAACCAGUAGUCCAGCCUGUUGGUAAACAUAUAGAUAUUUGCUGUUAGGCAUGAGUAUCCUGACUGCAGUACCAUGGACCACAAUGCGCAAAUAAAUCGAUGGCAAAAUAUAGGUGCUGAAAA